GGUAUUAGGCGUCUCUGCCUGAGAAGCCAAACCCGGGGCGACAAAAUCCCUCCGCCACGAACGAGUGGUGGGUAACUGUCAUGGCAGCAGGAAGCUAGCGAGCGUUGCCCGUCAAGCCAGAGGGAAAAAUAUUACGGUUUCAUAAAGGUAUUGCCGUUGCGGGACGACUGCGCGCUGUGACUGCUCCGCGUCCUCGAGUUGCGGCGACGAUGUUGCCCCGCGCCGGCACCUUGGCGCGGUCCUCUGCCAGGCUGCUGCUGCUGCCGCCGCGGCGCCGAUGGAGUCGAGGAUGUAUCUGGUGCCCGGACAGAAACAUUUCUCUGAAACCAGGAGGUUUGAAACCACAGACUGUUCCACCCCGGUACCUGGGCCAGCCGAGCCCUUUCACCCAUCCACACCUCAUCAAACAGGGUGAGGUGACCCCAGGCUUGAGCCAGACGGAAUUCGAGCUCCGCAGACACCGACUGGCCUCACUUGUCGAGGCCCAGGCAGACAGGCUGGGGCCUUCUGCUUCCUCCAGCAACCAUGUGGUCAUCGUUUUGUCCCACCCGACCCGCUACAUGACCAAUGACAUCCCCUAUCCCUUCCACCAGAACCAGGAUUUCCUCUACCUCAGCGGCAUCCUAGAGCCUGACAGUGCCUUGGUUCUUUAUGGGAAAGGGCGACCAGAUCAGGCCAUCUUGUUCGUCCCCCGCAGAGACCCCGGGAGAGAGCUGUGGGACGGGCCCCGGUCAGGGAAAGACGGGGCGGCGGCUUUGACCGGCAUAGAGAGAGUUCAUUGCACCGAAGAACUGGGCGUUGUGCUCAAGGCCCUGAAAGGCACUCUGCUUUGGUACGAUAACUCUCAGCCUGUCCACCCUCACCUCCAUCAGGCUCACGUGUGUCCCGUGCUGGAGGCGGGGCCCAUGCCACGCCCUCUCAGGCCCCUCAUACAGUCUCUCAGGGCCCUCAAGAGCUCGGCCGAGGUGGCGCUCAUGCAAGAAGCAGGUCGCAUCACUGCACAGGCUUUUCGGAGGACGAUGGCUGUGUCUCAAGGAGACGUGGAUGAAGCUGUGCUCUUUGCGAAGUUUGAUUUUGAGAAUCGAAUCCAUGGUGCCAACUUCCUGGCCUAUCCCCCUGUGGUUGCCGGAGGAAAUCGAGCCAACACCCUUCACUACAUUAACAACAACCAGAUUAUAAAGGAUGGUGAACUGGUGCUGCUCGAUGGUGGCUGUGAAUACUUUGGAUACGUCAGUGACAUCACUCGAACAUGGCCAGUUAACGGAAAAUUCAGCCCAGCUCAGGCUGAGCUUUACGAGGCCGUCCUGGAGGUCCAGCGCUCCUGUUUGUCUCUGUGUUCCCCGGGUGUCAGUUUAGAUCACAUCUACAGUACCAUGCUGGCUCUGCUAGGACGACAGCUGAGGCACCUUGGGAUCAUUAAGGCUGGUACCAGUGAUGCUGAUGCACUAAAGGCAGCUCGGCGUUACUGCCCCCACCACGUUGGUCAUUACCUGGGCAUGGACGUCCACGACACCCCUGAGCUGUCCCGCUCACAGCCUCUACAGCCAGGAGUGGCCAUCACUAUAGAACCAGGUUUGUACAUCAGUGAAGACAAUGACCAGGUGCCAAGGCGUUUCCGUGGCCUGGGGGUCAGGAUUGAGGACGAUGUGGUGAUCCGAGACCAGGGAGGUCCACUGAUUCUGUCUUCUGAUGCACCAAAGACCAUCCCUGAUGUGGAGCAGGCCUGUGCUCAGAGAUAGGACAGGGAGAGACAAGUGACCAAGUAAGCCGCCGGGUUGAUGGGAGGCCGCGCGCUGGGCUUUUAAACUGUCUCCUUGUGGAUGACAUCAUCAGCCUUCAUAAAAGGUGGGGGGGCACUGCAAGACUCCAGUUUUAGUCUUAUUCAGAUAUCUCUUGUGGAAGCUCAUAGAUUGUGCAGUUUGCAGAAAGUCUUUUUGAGUACAUAAUUACCUCCGCCCAGGAGGUUAUAUUUUUGCCCCUGUCUGUUAGUUUGUUUUUUGGUUGAUUGGUUUAUUUGUUUGUCAGCUUGUAAGCAGGAUUAUGCAAAAACUACUGAACAGAUUUUCAUGAAAUUUGGUGGAAGAAUGGGACACAGGCCAAGAAAGAACCCAUUAAGUUUUGCGCAAAUCUGGACAGGAUUUAUUUAUUCACUUGUGAGAUUUUGACUUUUUCACAGAUUGCAAUGGAAAUAUUGCAUGAUUUGAUUGAAUUAAAGUGACUGGCAUUCUUGUUUAGCAAGACAUGCGCUGACUACACUCUUCAAACUUCAGUCUUGUUGUUCCUCCUUAAAAAUUAAACUUCUCCAUAUGGAGACUGACCCUAAUCAAAUACAAUACUUUUAUCUAGUAUUGUGGUGGUGCUAUUGGAAGGUGUCAACCAUGGGAGCAUUUUCAUUCUCAAACCUACAGUAUUUGCUCCACAUCAUGUUUUUUCAGAAUUACUCUCAUCAUGGCACGUCUUAUAAUACAUUUUCAUUUGUUGUCUCACUCAAAAAAAAAUUCUGAGGUGACACACACUCUGUCUCUGUCUGUUACACACAAACAUGCAUCAUUCUUUCCAAGGCCAGGAAGAAUCACAGUAUGUCAAAUCAGUAGUCCAACAUAUUGAGGCAUACAAGUGAUUAAAUAAAGAGAAACUUGUACAACAGAGCUGCUCCUUAUGAACCAGGAAUGAAUGGUUAUAAUCACUACACUGGUGCAAUGUAUGUAUUCUGUAUGCAUAUGUGUGUUGGGAUUUUGACUUUUCAGCACAGAGAAAAAUUUGAUAUCUUCUAAAGAAAAUUAUGUUUAUAUGUGUGUAUUAAAAAGAUCUUUCUUCCAUAA